CGGCGGCGGCGGCGGGCAGCGCGGGAUCGUCGUCCGCCCCGGAGGCGGGGGAGCUCGGGUCGAGAACCGGCCACCCGGCUGUGCGACGCGGACCUUUCCCACCUCGGCCGCUUCCUCCGCCGGAAGGAUAUCUAUCGUCGGGAGCAGAGCGCCAGGGCGAGCCGCUGGCAUUCUUCUUGACCUCGGAGUAGCACUGCUCGGGGCUGGACCCUGCCUUCCAGGGAGACCUGUCGCCCCUGUCUGCCUGUCUGGAGAGAUGAAGAGAGAGCAGUCCGUGGAAGAGGAGGGCAUAUGAAGGGGACUCCUGCACAGCUUCCUUCCUUCCCUGGCACGUCGUUUCAACCAGCCCCAGCCCUACACCUACUCCGAGCCUGCUGUGGAACUAUUCCCUUUUUGGUUGUGUGGCGGCAUCCACCCCACCCCCAAUGUGGACUCCAAAGGAUUUAUCUCCUGCUUGCGAUUUGAAAUGAAAUGAUGGCCACGCACUGGACUGGUGUGGCGGAGGGAGACGGUGACAAACUCAAGGCCUGCGGGGCCGCGCCGGCCAGCGAGGUAUCAAAAAACAAAGAUGGACAGGAACAAAGUGGAGCUGUAUCGCCGUCUGAAGACGCACCUUUCUCCUGGCCAGGCCCUAAGACCGUUACCUUGAAGAGAACAUCUCAAGGCUUUGGUUUUACAUUAAGACAUUUUAUUGUUUAUCCCCCAGAAUCAGCAAUUCAGUUUUCAUAUAAGGAUGAAGAAAAUGGAAACAGAGGAGGAAAACAAAGAAACCGUUUGGAACCAAUGGAUACCAUAUUUGUUAAACAAGUUAAAGAAGGGGGACCUGCUUUUGAGGCUGGAUUAUGCACAGGUGACCGGAUUAUAAAAGUCAAUGGAGAAAGUGUAAUAGGAAAGACCUACUCUCAAGUAAUUGCUUUGAUUCAAAACAGUGACACAACAUUGGAACUUAGUGUCAUGCCAAAAGAUGAAGACAUUCUCCAAGUGCUACAGUUUACAAAGGAUGUCACGGCACUGGCAUAUUCUCAAGAUGCCUACCUAAAAGGCAAUGAAGCUUACAGUGGCAAUGCCCGCAACAUACCCGAACCUCCACCAGUCUGCUAUCCCUGGCCUCCAUCUGCCCCUCUCCCCAUGGCACAGCCAGUUGAAGUAUCUCCUCCAGACUUAUUGAGCAAGCAGCAGACCAGUACCCCAGUCCUGACCCAGCCUGGCAGGGCUUACAGAAUGGAAAUACAAGUGCCUCCAUCACCAACAGAUGUUGCAAAGUCAAACACAGCAGUGUGCGUUUGCAACGAAAGUAUAAGGACUGUCAUUGUGCCUUCUGAGAAGGUUGUAGACUUGUUAUCUAAUAGAAACAACCAUACAGGUCCUUCACAUAGAACUGAAGAGGUAAGGUAUGGUGUAAAUGAGCAGACCUCUUUAAAAACAGUGUCAAGAACCACAUCUCCAUCAAUUCCCACUGCUCAUGUGAUUCAUCAGACUACGGGCUCCAGAUCAUUGGAAACUUCUGGAAUUUUACUUAAAUCUGGAAAUUACAGUGGUCAUUCAGAAGGAAUCUCUAGCAGUAGAUCUCAAGCUGUGGAUUCUCCUGCAUCUGUCAAUCAUUAUUCCCCAAAUUCCCAUCAGCACAUAGACUGGAAAAAUUAUAAGACUUACAAAGAGUAUAUUGAUAAUAGACGAUUGCACAUAGGUUGUCGGACAAUUCAAGAAAGGUUGGAUAGUUUAAGAGCAGCAUCUCAGAGCACAGCGGAUUAUAACCAAGUGGUACCCACCCGCACUACUUUGCAGGUACGACGUCGCAGCACCUCUCAUGACCGAGUGCCUCAGUCUGUGCAGAUCCGGCAGCGCAGUGUGUCCCAGGAAAGACUGGAGGAUUCUGUGCUAAUGAAAUACUGUCCAAGAAGUGCAUCUCAAGGCACAUUGACCUCCCCAUCUGUUAGUUUUAGUAAUCAUAGAACUCGUUCGUGGGAUUACAUUGAGGGACAGGGUGAAGCCUUAGAAAAUGUCAAUUCUGAAAGUCAAACGCCUAACUCAAAUGGGGAGCGAAAACAGACUUAUAAGUGGAGUGGGUUUACUGAGCAGGAUGAUAGACGAGGUAUUUAUGAAAGACCCAGGCAGCAGGAAAUUCAUAAAUCUUUCCGAGGUUCAAAUUUGACUGUGGCUCCUAGUAUUGUUAAUUCUGAUACUAGGCGAAUGGGCAGUAGAGGGGGAUCUGUGUCACAGUUUAAAAAAAUUCCACCAGAUCUGAAACCAUUGCAUUCCAACAGAAAUUGUCAAACUGUUGGUGGGAUGUCAUUGCCACGGGGUGUUUCACAAGAGAGGCCCCCCCUGGUGAAAGUCCGGAGUAAUUCUCUGAAAGCACCUUCUACACACAUCUCAAAACCAUCAUUCAGCCAGAACUCACUGGUGUCUACCAAAGACCAAAGACCAGUGAAUCACUUGCAUCAACAUGGUCUGCUCAGUCAACAGACAUGGUUCAGAACCGAAAGCAGCCCUGACCACCAAGUGGAGACUUGUAAAUCUCCACCUCUACCGGGAGCUUCUGCCAAAACUAGCCCCCAGAUGAGCAAAAACUUGGGUACUUCAGAUGUAGAAUUAUCUGCCAGUCAAAGGAAUGAGGAUUUAAAUUUACAAGAGGCUGGAGUCCAGCAGUCAGAUGUGCUAGAUAAUAAAACAUCUGUCAUCCUAAGAGAAAAACCUCCAUCUGGUCGCCAAACACCACAGCCUUUAAGACAUCAGUCUUAUAUCUUGGCAGUAAAUGACCAGGAAGCCGGGUCAGACACCACCUGCUGGUUGCCAAAUGAUGCUCGCAGAGAAGUCCAUAUAAAAAGAAUGGAAGAAAGGAAGGCCUCAAGUACCAGUCCACCUGGUGACUCCUUGGCUUCCAUCCCAUUUAUAGAUGAACCAACCAGCCCUAGCAUUGAUCAUGAUAUUGCACACAUCCCUGCUUCUGCUGUCAUCUCAGCUUCUACCUCAGAAGUCCCCUCGAUAGCAGCAGUCCCGCCCAGCCUCACAACUUCCGCUCCCCUCAUCCGACGUCAGCUCUCCCAUGACCAAGAAUCUGUCGGACCUCCUAGCCUCAAUGCCCAGCCCGGCUCAAAAACAGAAAGAUCAAAAUCAUAUGAUGAAGGCCUGGAUGAUUAUAGAGAAGAUGCAAAAAUAUCUUUUAAGCACGUAUCUAGCCUAAAGGGAAUCAAGAUCACAGACAGUCAAAAGCCGUCCGAAGACCCUGGAUCCAGAAAGGAUUCUUCCUCCGAAGUUUUCAGUGACGCUGCCAAGGAAGGGUGGCUCCACUUCCGACCACUUGUCACUGAUAAGGGCAAGCGAGUUGGUGGGAGUAUUAGGCCGUGGAAACAGAUGUAUGUUGUUCUUCGAGGCCAUUCACUGUACUUGUACAAAGACAGAAGAGAGCAGAUGACUCCGUCAGAGGAAGAGCAGCCCAUCAGUGUUAAUGCCUGCCUGAUAGACAUCUCGUACAGUGAGACCAAGAGGAAAAAUGUGUUUCGCCUAACCACACCUGACUGUGAAUGCCUGUUUCAGGCUGAAGACAGAGAUGAUAUGUUAGCAUGGAUCAAGACUAUCCAGGAAAGCAGCAACCUGAAUGAAGAGGACACUGGAGUGACAAACAGGGACCUAAUUAGUCGAAGAAUCAAAGAGUAUAAUAGUCUGAUGAGCAAAGCAGAACAGUUGCCGAAAACACCACGCCAGAGUCUCAGUAUCAGACAGACGUUGCUUGGUGCGAAGUCAGAGCCCAAGAGUCAGAGCCCACAUUCCCCGAAGGAAGAGUCAGAAAGGAGACUUCUCAGUAAAGAUGAUACCAGCCCCCCCAAAGAUAAAGGCACGUGGAGAAAAGGCAUUCCAAGUAUUAUGAGAAAGACAUUUGAGAAAAAGCCCACUGCUACAGGAACAUUUGGAGUUAGACUGGAUGAUUGCCCACCAGCUCAUACGAAUCGGUAUAUUCCAUUAAUAGUUGACAUAUGUUGCAAAUUAGUUGAAGAAAGAGGUCUUGAAUACACAGGUAUCUAUAGAGUUCCUGGGAACAAUGCAGCUAUUUCAAGUAUGCAGGAAGAACUGAACAAGGGAAUGGCUGACAUUGACAUACAAGAUGAUAAAUGGCGAGAUUUGAAUGUGAUAAGUAGUCUCCUAAAAUCCUUCUUCAGAAAACUUCCUGAGCCCCUCUUCACAAAUGAUAAAUAUGCUGAUUUUAUUGAAGCCAAUCGUAAGGAAGAUCCUUUAGAUCGACUGAAAACAUUAAAAAGACUUAUUCACGAUUUGCCUGAACAUCAUUAUGAAACACUUAAGUUUCUCUCAGCCCACCUGAAGACAGUGGCAGAAAAUUCAGAAAAAAACAAGAUGGAACCAAGAAACCUAGCAAUAGUGUUUGGUCCAACUCUAGUGAGAACCUCAGAGGACAACAUGACUCACAUGGUCACUCACAUGCCCGACCAGUACAAGAUCGUGGAGACACUCAUCCAGCACCAUGACUGGUUUUUCACAGAAGAAGGUGCUGAAGAGCCUCUUACAACAGUGCAGGAGGAAAACACUGUAGAAUCCCAGCCAGUGCCAAACAUAGAUCAUUUACUCAGCAACAUUGGAAGGACAGGAGCGUCCCCUGGAGAUGUAUCAGAUUCAGCCACUAGUGACUCAACAAAAUCUAAGGGCUCUUGGGGAUCCGGGAAGGAUCAGUACAGCAGAGAACUGCUUGUUUCCUCCAUCUUUGCAGCUGCUAGUCGCAAGAGGAAAAAGCCCAAAGAAAAAGCACAACCCAGCAGCUCGGAGGACGAGCUGGACAGUGUGUUUUCUAAGAAGGAGAGCAUGGAGCAAUGCCACAGUAAAGAAGAGGCCAGCAAAGACAGCGAGGCACUGGGCGCAAGGCAGAGGAGUAUCGUUGCCAAGGAAAGUGACGGUACUAAGAAAGAUGGCAGCGCAACAAAGGGAGAGAAGGCGUACCUGUGGAAAGAGAGCACGCCACCCGAGGACCUGUCCCCACCGCACAGCUGCAAGAACGCGAGGUCGCCGACACCGAGCUGCCGCUUUGGGGUGCUGAAGGAGAGCCCCAGGCCCCUGGGGACACGCAGGCCUGGCCCCUGCGAGGAGGGCACCGACGCCCAGGCUUUACUGGCCACACUUUCCUCUAAGAAGUCCACGACACCGGAGACGAAACAGGGCGAGUUUCUGGCCAGUGUCAGCACCAUCACAGACGACUCCACCACGUCGUCCGCUGUGUACCCGGCCAGCCUGGACUCCAGCCGGCUCAGCCCCGAGGUGCGCUCAGUAGCAGAAAGCAGGGGGGACGAGGCGGACGAUGAGAGGAGCGAGCUGGUCAGCGAGGGAAGGCCAGUGGAGACGGACAGCGAGAGCGACUUUCCUGUUUUCCCCACAGCCUUGACCUCAGACAGGCUUUUCCGAGGAAAGCUGCAAGAGGCGGCCAAGAUGGGCCGGAGGAACUCGGAAGGAAGCGAAGUGAGUUGUACGGAUGGCAGUUUAACUCCAAGUCUAGACAGCCGCAGGCAGCUCUUCAGCUCCCACAAACUCAUUGAAUGUGACACCCUAUCCAGGAAGAAAUCCGCUCGCUUCAAGUCAGACAGUGGCAGUCUAGGAGAUGCCAAGAGCGAGAAGGAAACACCCUCAAUCACUAAAGUGUUCGAUGUCAUGAAGAAAGGGAGAUCAACCGGGAGUCUAACACCAGCAAGAAGCGAGUCAGAAAAGCAGGAACCCACGUGGAAAACCAAAAUAGCAGAUCGGUUAAAACUGAGGUCCAGAGUUCCAGCAGAUGACAUGUUCGGAGUAGCAAAUCAAAAACCGAACACUGAGACUGCUAAAAGGAAAAACAUCAAACGCAGACACACACUAGGAGGGCACAGAGAUGCAAAUGAAAUCAGUGUUCUGAAUUUUUGGAAGUCACAGGAGCAGAGUGGGGAGAAAGAACCCGAACUUUCAGCUGUAACGAGGUUAAAACCAAAAUGCUCAGCCCAGGACCUCUCCAUCACAGACUGGCUCACCAGGGAGCGCUUGCGCACCAGUGCCUCUGACCUGAGCAAGGACGAACCCCGAACACCCCAGCCAGAGGAUCCUAAUGCGUUAGAAACAUCCACGACCAUCGAUGCACCUCUGUCUUCCCAGCCUGGCGCCAGAGGUUCUUCCAGCACCUUGACUUCAACUAAUAGGCCCCUUCUUUCCACACCACCACAGUCACCUGACCAAAUAAAUGGAGAAAGCUUCCAGAACAUGAGCCAAAAUGCUAGUUCUGCAGCCAAUGCCCAUCUUCACAAACUGUCAGAAAGCCCCAGCACAAAAGCACAGCUUCAUCCCUGUCUUUAAGCUGGGGUUUGUUCACUCUGGAAAAUCAGAAGCUACUGUUACACGUUCCAGUAACUCUGUAAAUAUUUUCUUGUACCAGAAUUGUUAUUAUGCAGCCUUCAUUUGGGCUGGUUUCAUCAUUUUGCACUGUGAAAUAGCUUUAUGGUGCAUUACUACAGCCAGAAGAACACACACACACAUACACACAUAAUAUAUAUACAUAUAUAUAUAUAUUUAAAAGUAUAUUGGAUAGUUGUAUACAAAUAAGCAAGGUAUUUGUUGCAACUUACAUAGUAUAUCCCCAAAUAACUGAAGAAAAUCGCUGACAUUAGUACACAGCUAAAUUGUUCUUUUGGUUUUGUCACUAACAGAAGUGCCUCAUCAUAAAAGUACGUUUGAUUUUUAGGGUGCCAUAUUGUUUAAAUUAGAUAACAUACAUUGAAUAAAUGAAGACAUUUUAUCGGUAACAAAUUUCAUUACAGUGACCAGUUUUAACACAGGUGGAUACAGUACUUCCAUUCUUUAGUCAUUCCAGAUGGAUCUGAGUUUUAUAUUCAAACUUUUAAUACAGUUUUUGAGUUUUGUGUGACUUGAAUUUUUAAUCUUUCUGUAAAAUACGUAACUUAAAUGAAGAUGUUAUAUGUGUAUCUUUUCUUCAGAUACCAGAUUUGAUAUACAUGUUGUAACAUAGGUGUGUAGACAGUGGAUCCUGGAUGGAACUGGCUUAUUGAGAAGAAUAGAAUUCUGCAUGAGGACUUAAAUCCAAACCUGUGUCAUGCCUGUGUGCAUACCCAAUUAAACACUGGAAAUAAAAAAUUGUUUUGGUGAA